AUGGCUACCCCGACAGCAAGAGGUCCUGAUCGGCCUGGUGCACACGAUGCACAGCAAAAUCAAGUACCCGAUGGGCCUUUAACCUUGGACGAAACACGUCGGGUUGCAGAGCUACAUAGAAGAGACCUGGCCAGUCGAAGAAUUCAAGCGGAACAGGCAGAUGAUUUUGACACUACGGACGAGUAUGACGACGAUCCAGCAGAGGUUGGAGAUGACUUGUCAGAUGAGGAAGACCCUAACUGGAACAACGGGGAGCUCCCAGGCGAAAACCACGUUAUGGUCGGUGGUGACAUCGACGUUGAUGUACACGACGAAGACCCCAAUCCUGACGAAUACGACUACGACGAAAUGGAGGAUACCACCCCCGUCUUUGAUCCUGCCGCUAUAGGCCUCAAAGAGAUCAACAACCUCGCCCACUUUAGUGUGAGCAGCCACAAGCCAGGAAAUGGUGUUGCAGAGCUCCUGAGCGACGACCUCGAUAAGUACUGGCAAUCGGACGGACAACAACCCCAUCUUUUGACAAUACAUUUCCUCCGACGCGUGGAGAUUCGUGCAAUUCGCUUCUAUGUUGAUUACCUGCAGGAUGAGUCCUACACACCGAUCCACAUAUUGUGGUAUGCCGGCACUGGCCACCAUGAUCUGAUGCAAUUUGGGGAGCAGGCACUGGUGGACCCUCGCGGCUGGCAAGAGAUCAAAAUUGAAGGUUGCGGCGGCGGUCACGAUGGUAACUCGUUGUGUUGCUAUAUUGUGCAGAUGCAUGUCAAGGAGAAUCACCAAAACGGCAAGGAUACGCACAUUCGAGGCAUCAAAAUAUACGCCUUGGACGACAAUGCCCCACGAACGAGUGGAGGUGGAGCCGGUGAUGCCGUGACCGCUGAACGGUCACCUCGCCCAACUGCGUCGGGGUCGUUGGCAUCACAGCGAGGUCUUUUGGGCGAACUCGGCGAGGAUGCUGCGGUCGAUGACAACAACCCACGAACGCCACAAACCAAGAGAGCCGGACCAACACAAUCUUCUUCAAUUGUUGACUUGGAAGGUAUGACGGUACCGGAUUUCGUGCGCGAACCUGAGCUUCGCUGA